UUGUCUGUAGGCGGUAACAGAAUAUCAGUCACUUUUGAUUCUGAAGGUCAGAAAACCGAGGUKAAGUACAGUAGACUCAACAUAUGGAGAAAUGUGUUGUCUGAGCAACAUAUACUCUAUAUGUCGUACGAAUGUGGAACAGAGACUGGAGACCUCUUACGAUGGAACGACUUCUUGAAUAUUCCUCUUAAAUCUAGUGAUAUUCAGAUUUACAAAUCAACUUGUCGAGGAAAGGAAGGAUCUGUUCAGAGCGUAAUUAGUCCAUUGCUUCCUGAGACGUCAAGCUUGGCAACGAUAGAGAGCCCGCGAUACGAGAGGUCAUCUAGUUCCUCUCUCAGAUGCUUAAAGUUUAAGUAUAAGAUCUGGGGAUCUGGAGCGAGAUCGUUGAAGAUAUAUCAAGAACUGGAUGACAAUGAACACACUAARAGACCCAUAUGGAUGGUCAAAGACWKUGAAGACAGUAGAUGGAGGGAUGGACAAGUAUCAGUAGUAGCAGUAUCUGUAUAUAAGCUUGUUAUCGAGGGAGAAAUGACAAAUAGGCCAGGGUUACUGUCUAUAGGGGCUUUAUACACUUCAGAGAGUACAAGUGAAUGUGUAUUAAAUCCACUAUCAGCGAGAGAAGCUUGUAACGAGAUUCUUACCGACGGAAAAGGCUACAUUAUGUCACCAUUUUAUCCUGAUUUCCAUGCAAAUGAUGAGAACUGUUCCUGGAUAAUCAAAGCCAGAAAAGGUCACGUGAUUCGUUUGGAAUUUAAAGCAUUUGAUUUGGAGUUGAGCCCGUGGUGUUUAGGUGACCACGUAGAAGUGUAUGAUGGAAACGUAGCCCUGUCGAGUUCUCGUAUUGGUCGCUACUGUGGAAGGAGAUAUCCACAAAUAAUCCAGUCACAAUCAAACAUGUUAAAAAUAGUAUUUCAAUCAAGCAAAUCCGGUGAAGGUCAAGGAUUCAAGAUUUACUAUCAGAUGAUAAAAGGUGCAAAUGGUGACAGCUGUAUUCAAGACUGCCCCUCUUCAUGUAACUGCCGGAGACUAGCAGAUGGCGGAAUCAUCAUGACUUCACAUAAACUACAGUCUAUUCCCAAGCGUCUGCCCAAGAAAACAAAUGCUAUAUUAUUUGGAGGGAAUAAGAUUUACCAAGUUGAAAGCAAUGCAUUUAUAAAACAAAGUUAUCUAUCUUUGAUCGACUUGAGCUAUAAUCGAAUAUUUUUGAUUGGAGAAAUGUCUCUUGUAAACCUACAUUCGUUAAAGACCUUACGGCUUAAUAGGAAUUUCAUCAAAGAAGUGCAGAAAAACAUGUUCAGUGGUGUCGGGGGACUUGAAGUAAUAGAUUUKGGACAAAAUUUGAUUUCAAGCAUUGAAAUGGAUACCUUUUCCGGUUUUCCAGCUCUCCGUGCUUUGAGCCUUCGCAGUAACAAAAUAAAGGAACUGCAUAAACUCACCUUCCAAAACAACACAAACUUAAGAUAUCUCUACCUUCAAGAUAACGUCAUCAAGAAGAUCCCUUAUGGUCUUUUCCAUCAGCAAAAAUAUCUUAAUGUUUUGUUUCUUCAUAAAAACAAAAUUGAACGUAUCGACAAGUCAUCUUUUGAAGGCCUUGGGAAACUACGAAAGCUGACAUUAAGGAACAAUUCAAUCAAUGAACAAACCGUGUCUAAAGAUGUCUUCAAUGAUCUGCGCGAUCUAGAAUACCUGUCAACAGACAGUUUCAUCAUAUGUUGCUAUGCAACCAAUUCCAUCUCAAACAUUCAAUGCGAAUCCCCUGGCAACGAGUUCUCAAGUUGUAAUGACAUGCUCAAAAGCAUUUACGUACAAAUCUGCAUGUGGAUCGAAGGUGUUUUCGCUGCCUUAGGGAAUCUGGUUGUCAUAAUAUGGUGGACAUUCCUUUUCACAAGACAAAGAAAAUCGCGAAGAAAGAUAAACAGAGUCCAAUCUUUGUUGUUUUGCCAUCUCGCGUUUGCUGAUCUUCUCAUGGGAGUAUAUCUUCUGUUCAUUGGAACUUACAAUGAAAUAUGGAAGGGAGAAUACUUUCUGCACGACGUGGAGUGGAGAGCUGGUGUCAAGUGUAAAAUAGCAGGCGUCAUUGCUACUUUGUCCAGCGAAGUCUCAGUCAUGCUUUUGGCUGCCAUAACAGCAGAUAGGAUGAACACAAUUCUCUUUAAAUUCUCAGCCAGACGCACCAGUUUUAAACUGGCUCAUGUUCUCUGUCUGUUUAUCUGGGUCAUUGGAUUCAUCAUGUCUUUCACUCCCCUUCUUGUUCCAAGCUACUUCAACGACAAGAUAUCGGGCUUCAGUUUUUACGGCCGUUCCACUGUCUGUCUGCCGCUACAGUUGUCCACCGAUCGUCCUGCUGGUUGGGAGUAYUCAGUUGCUGUUUUCAUUGGCUUCAAUGGCGCAGUUUUUUUCUUCAUUCUUGUUGGAUACAUCGCGAUUUUCGACAAAGUUCGCAAGUCUGGUCGAAAAGUGCGUAAAUCAUCAAAUAACGCGGAAUCCUCAUUGGGGAAGCGGGUUUUCUUUGUGAUUCUGACCRAUUUCUGCUGUUGGAUGCCAAUCAUGGUUCUUGGCGUGCUCUCUUUGAUGGGUAAAUUCAAUGACCCUUCUGUGUAUAUCUGGGUAGGAGUAUUCGUACUUCCCAUCAACUCAGCCAUCAAUCCAGUACUGUACACCUUCUCUUCCUCGCAAACGAUCAACAACAUUAGGUCACUCAGACGAAAGUGGUUGAAAGAUAAAGGGAGUAUUCGCUUAGACGGAAAACAUUUGUUCAGGAAAAGAAAGUCUGAACAAAGCAGUUCAGCAGUAACGACUGCAUUAACUCUUCUGAAAACGAACGACGAACCUUAUGGAGAUGAAGGCAAGAUAAAUGAAUCAGACAAAGCCUCGUCAUCUGCUGAACGACAAAUGCUAGUAAUAGCCGAGCGUCAGUUACUGGUGAAGGUUGACGAUGAAGAAAAGAAGAGUAUUAUGAGGUUGUUACUCAUGACGAGGUCACAGCCAUAAAUGGAUAAGCCAUUUAUUACCUAAACUUGUAGAUAGAUAAGAAGUUGGUACAAUUGCUCUGUAUCCAAUGUGGUACCCACUGUUCCCUCUGUUCCUGUGAGGCUGUUCGGUGCUCAUGACGAGGUCACAGCCACAGAUUAAGCCAUUACUUGUCAGCUUGCCUAACAAUUGUAGUUUGCUAAAAAUUGGAUAAAAAUGCUUUGUAUGUUGACAGAGCAUUAUAAGGCUGUUGCUCAUGACUAGGUCACAGCUAUAGAUUAAGGCAUUGUGCUUCUUGUACUUACCUAAAAUUGUAGUUUGAUAAGAAGUGAGUAAAUAUGCUUUUUAUGUCCUAAGCUAAAACAUUGUAUUGCCUAGUAAUAGGAAGAAAUGUCCGAUAAUUGUAUAAUAAUAAUAUGAUACUUCUGGUUAUUUAAAAGAUGUUGAUAGUUCAUA